GCCUCAUCCAAAUUUGUUCGUUUUUAAUUAUUAAAGGAAAAAAAAAACAGAAAGAAAAAAUGAUUACAGAUAGUUUUCCAAAAUUAAAGAAAAAAAAUAAAAAUUAAAAAGAUUCUCCACCUUGAUUUUGCAAUAUAUAACUGCACCCUCCAUACCCAGCCCUUCAUUUCAUUCGUUGACAGCUCUUCUUCCAUUUCUUCCAUAUAUCUUCCUUUGUUCCUCUCCUUCUUAGCUGAUAAUAUCUCAAACCCAUCAAUCCCAAAUUAGCCAAAAUGGCAGAUCAGCUGACAGACGAUCAGAUCUCCGAGUUCAAGGAGGCCUUCAGCCUAUUUGACAAGGAUGGAGAUGGUUGUAUUACCACCAAGGAGCUUGGGACUGUGAUGAGAUCACUGGGACAAAAUCCUACCGAGGCUGAGCUUCAGGAUAUGAUUAACGAGGUUGAUGCCGAUGGAAAUGGCACCAUUGACUUCCCAGAGUUCCUCAACCUGAUGGCACGUAAGAUGAAGGACACUGAUUCUGAAGAGGAGCUUAAGGAAGCUUUCCGUGUGUUUGACAAAGACCAAAACGGGUUCAUAUCCGCAGCUGAGCUUCGUCAUGUGAUGACAAAUUUAGGGGAGAAGCUUACCGAUGAAGAGGUCGACGAGAUGAUUCGUGAAGCUGAUGUGGACGGUGAUGGCCAGAUCAACUAUGAGGAGUUCGUCAAGGUCAUGAUGGCCAAGUGAGAACUGAUCAACCCAUAACUAAUAUCUUUUAAGUUAAAGGGUAUAAAAAAAGGCCAGAAAAUGAGAACAGCGCAUUUUAAAUUCUAUCUCUGGUUAGGCGCACUCUUAUGGUACUAUUAGUUUUCGUGGUGGUGCUUGCUGUGUUUUCUUGUUUGCAUUGUUUUGUAGUGUUGUUCUCCCGUAUAUGCUUGCUUCUCCUGUCCCCGGAUUUAGUAGUUUGGGACAUUUGGGUUGUUAGUGAUCCUGGUAUUUCUUUCUUCAUUUGGAUUUAUGAAUCUAGAACAAUUGGGAAAUUCAAUUCCUUUUCGUACAAGUGACUAAUUUUGUUCAUACCCUGGUCAGUGUAUUCUAUUCUAUAGUCUACUCAUUAUUCUUCUGAAUUUUCCGGUUUUGUGUGCUUGAUAAUCACUUUUGAUUGUCAAUAAUGGUAUUCCAAUGCUCUGAGUAUACCAGAGUUUUGCGUCCUUGUUUUCGUGGGCCUUUUCCAGUUCCUGUAGCCUUAGGUUGCAACCUUGCAACCCUGUCUUUUGAAAGUCGUUUGGAUUUUGGUGAUAUUAUUCUCAAAUGCGUGAUUGCUGCUGCAUUUUCCGGGCAGUAAAUUAAGUUCAUUUUCAGGGUUCAUUUUGGUAGAUUAACAAUGCUGAACUUCCCUGGGUAUGCCAAAUAUUGAGCUUCCCUUUCCAUGUUAAUGGUGGAAAAAGCUUUGAUACAGGAAAUAGACGCCCUGUAUUAAUGACCAGGCUAUUUUCAUACUGUUUUUAUGCGUGAUAUAGUGAUAUCUAUUCUAUUUAGUUGGUGUGUUCAUUGAGAACAGUUAUGCAAAUGAUUGAGCGAAUGUUUUUUGCAUCCGGCAACUGUUUUUCUGCAGCAUAAUCCUGUGACUUCUUGUGAUUCCUAAGGGGAUGGAUAAGGGUUAAAUGAGUGGCGUCUGAUGAUUUUAUACAUGUUAGCCUGAAGAUUUUAUGCAAUGUUAGUCUUGAUCAUUUAAGGUGGUGGAAGAAGUGAGCCUUUAAUUUGGAUGGUGCAUUCUAAUGGUCACAAUGCGAAGUGAACGACUAAGACCAUUAAAGACUUGACAUUUUAUGAUUGACAUUGUAUUGAGGUUGCGGGUCGGGCUACUAAAGUUCUAUCACCUGUUUGCGAAGUUGUGAGGAAAAUGGAGAAUGAUGUUCUUAGGUUUUUUGGGGUUAGAAAACAAUCAGAAUUGUUAAAAACUGCGUUUGUGUGUUCUUAUUUCUUCUAGCACUUAACCAUCAACAUAACAAAGUUGAUCUUCUUUGUUUUCGUGGGUUAACUUCUGAAUAUAUUGGGUAGAUUAUCUUUUCAAGUAAAAGUGUUUUCAUGCUCUUCGGAUGGAAGAAAAAGCCAAAAGGUUGGAUCUAAGAAUAUUUAUUGGGGUGGAUUAUCUUUUCAAGUGUGAAAUGUUAAAGUGUUUUAUAAAAGUGAAGAAAAAGUAUAGAUCUGAAAGUGUUUUAAAAAUAUUGUAGACGUAAAAUUUUAGAAAGCCUCUAGAAUUCAAUCUUGACAAAUAGUAUUUUUUUCUUGAAAAUUUGAGUUUUCUUAUGGAAAUGACACGAAAACCAUCCAAAAGGGAGGAAAAGGAAAAUGAUUUUGUGUGUCGUUUUUUUAAAUCGGAUGCCGCAGAAGGAACUAAUUUUGCGCUUUGAAAUUUUCUCAAGGAGUUUUCCUCUUUAUAUUUACUGUACAUAUAUAUUUUUUUUAAAAAAAGCACUUUCUCAAGGAGGGGAAAGAAAACAAAUUAAGGGUUUAGAAAUUGAUACUAUUAUUUUUUUUUAUCCAUUUUGGUAUCCGCGAACCGGCCACCUUUCUUGAUAGUUGCAAUAAAAAAUACUCUUCUCACAAAAAUAAUUUAGUUUAAUAAAAAAAUUUGUCCCAAAAAAAUAGUUCAGUUUCAUAAAAAUUAAAAUUAAUUAAAUUGAAAUGAUUUAAAUAUCCAAAAUAGUAGUGAUAAGGAAAACAAGGUUCACUUCUUUUUGAUUUUUAUUUUUUUUUAUUUUUUCAAAUGAUUAUAUCUUUUAAUAUAUGAAUAAUUAAAAAAUAUAUUAUAUAUCAAAUUAAUUUAUGUAAACGAGAUAUUUCUAUUAAGAUCCAUUGUCAAUAUUUUUCGAGAUAAAAAUUUUAAUUAAAUUUAAAUUGUAAAAUAAAUACAUAUGUAAUUAACUUUUAUAGAAAUAACUAGAAGGGACAUUAUUGAAAGUUAGGUGCAUAAAAUGUGUGUAUUGAUUAAAUUAAAAAGGUUGUAUAUUUUCAAAUUGGAGUAUUUUUCUGAAACGGAGGAGGGAGUAGUUGUAGUUUAAAAGAGACAAGGUUUGGGUUUUGACUAAAUUAAUUCUUGGAAUAUUCGUCAUUAUUCUCAUUUUGUGUCCCAAAUUAAAAAGGAAAAAAUAUUCGGUGGGCGGUGCUGAGGAUGCUCUCACUACCACCAUUUGAUAUGCUCCGAAUCUGAUCAUCAAACAAAAGGUUUCUGGAUCUUUCCUGAAUUUAUGCCUCUUUCUUUCCCAAAGAUAUUUUGACGAGUUUCCAUCACUAUCUUUGAAAAAGAUCAAAUAUGUUCCCUCAGCCUUAUUUAUUUAUUUUAUAAAAAACUAAUAAUUGAGACAUAUUUAAGAGCAUCAUUCUUUAUUUUUUUUAAUCUUUCUACAUCAUUUUAAUAAUUAAAAUAAAUUAUAAAACUGUUGAAGUACUAAAUUUGAGUCAAAAUAUGAGUUUCAUUAGCGUUAUUUUUCAUUUUUUAUUUUGUUUGGAGAGUAUAGUGCAAAACUAUUGUUUUUUAUUUACAACAUGACCUCAUAUAAAAUUAUUUACAACAUGACCUAUGGGAUUCUGAAAAAUCUUCGAAAAAGGAAUGACGUACAAAUGUUCAAGGAGACUUAAAAUGUUUUUACUUGACAUUUUAAAAAAGAAUCAUUUUAAAACGCAGCUAAAAGGACACCAAAUAAAUUUCAAAUUUGUAUGGAUAAAAGCUUGCAUCACCACUACUUCCCGAGUGCAAAUGAUUGUCGAUUAUUUAAGAUAUAUUUUUAUUAUGAUUUUGUCACUCUAAUUAUCACAAUAUAUAAAAGUAGUGGUCAACUCAACUGGUCAUUCCUCACUGAGUUGGUGACUUCUGAAGCAAAAAAGCAAGUACUCCUACUUUUCAGACCAUGAUGAUUGCCGAUGACUAGUCUUUUCAUUUGUUUUGUACCAAUUUUUUUUUUAAAUACGGGUAAUUCCAAUUAUGAUUCCUUUUCCAAAAGGAAAAAAAAAAAAUUAUUGCAAAAGAACUUGUUACUUUGGAAUAUGACUUCUGAAACGUGUAUCCUGUGAAAACACUCACGGUGGUUGUUUUUUAUUUUUCUUUGUGUGUGUUUUGGGUCUACGAAAAAGUUUUACUGGAAAUUUUUGAUGCUGUCAAAAUUCAACUUUUACUCAUUUUUUUAAGGAAAAAAAUCAAAUGAAAAGCAUUAAUUUGGCUUGUCAUCCUUUUUUAAUGAGCUAAACCAAAGGGUAAGAUAAGUACAUAAUUGGGAUUAAAUGAUAAAGAUACUAUCUGUAAUUUUUUGGGUAUAAUUUGUGACAAAAUCUAAAUUCUAACUUUAAUAGUGUAAUUUUUUUUUUCAAUAUUGGGAGUUUGAAGUUGAUUUUUUUUUUCCCCUUCCCUAAAGAAAACUUCUGAAAUAAUUCCUUUUGUCUUUUUUCGGCCUUUUAGUGAAAGGGAUAAAUUCGAUUCCCAUCCAACUCAAGAUCUUCUCCCACUAUGCUAGUGUUUUAACGAACUAGCUUUCUUUCCGAUAAAAAGAAUGGUAGUUAUAAUCAUUGAAUUAAAAUAAUAAAAAUUCUUUCUUUCAUAAUAGAAAGAAUUCUAAUUUUUUUGUUGUUAAUUUGGAUCGAGAAUAAAGUUAGAAUGAGACUUUGUGUUAAAAGAAAAAAGUAGACAAGUUAUUCGAACAAAUAUCGUUGUACACUUUUGGCGCAUCAAGUUCGAAAGCAUUUGAGAUUCAAAGGGAAAAAGUGCUAAUUAUGUGCUUUCAAUUUUUGUUUAUUACAGAAGGAGGAGGAAACUAAUGGAGGAAAAGCAACUUAGUUGGAAAUACACAAAGAGUAUCAAUAGAUCCCAUAAAUGGAGAAAAGCGUUUUGUUGUGCUUGAAUAAUGUGAUUACGUUUGUUGUGUUUGUAUUUUGUUUUGUGUAUUUUUUUAUUUAUUAUUUUUUUUUUUGGGGGUGGGUUUGUUUUGAAUUUGUGUGUUUGUACUCUUUCAUUUUGUAAAUAAUGCUCACGAUUCAAUACUUUUUGGACAUAAGGAUUAUGAUUUUAAAAAUAAUAGUGUUCCAAUUUACAUCUUCUGUUUCAAAAUUUAUGAUUUGUUUGUUGAGGUAUUUCUAUAGAAUUUGUUUAUCUAAAAUUGUUGAAUUAUUUUGAAAAGUAUAUAUUUUGGAUUUUCAUCACCAUUCUCCCCCCAUACAUAAAAUUUCAUUCUUCCUUCAAAAGUUCAUGCAUCAAAAUUUGCUUAAAAAGGAGAUUGGCCGGUUUGGUUAAUUAUUAUGAACCAUUCCAUUCCACGGAAUCUACAAGCUUUUUUCUUGCAUCUUUUUAUUUUUUUUACUUUUGGGAAAUAAUUAAAAGAUUCUGCUGCUCUUUUUUAUUUGUUAAAAUCGGCAAUAUUUAAUGAGAAUCAAGUCUUAACUUCCUGUUAAAAAGAUUUCGUGAUCUCGUUUAAUACAAGCGGAUUAUGGUCCAUUGAAUUAUAUAGCCUACACUUUUGAUUAAUACGAAUUCAAAUAUCAAAUAAUUCAAAAUGAACAGAAUCCGAUCGAUUCUGAUUACUAAUGUUUGAAAACUUAGCUUAUAUCAGAUAAAUUUCAAUGCUAGUCAUCUAAUAAUUUCGAAUCAGCAUUAAGUUUGAGUGAUCAAAUGGUGUUCAUCAUUGUUGGUUCUCAUCGGUCUCUUUAUAUCUUUGAUGAUAUAAAUGGUACUCCCUCCGUCCCAUAAUUAUUGUCCAGUUUUAUUAAAAUGAAAGAUUUUAUUUUUGGUCAAACUUAAUUAUAUUUUACCUUAAACAACCGAAUAUACCCCUACAUAAGUAAUUG